AUGGGCAGCCAGGGGAAAGCAUCAGCCUCUGGCUGGGCUAGAGCAGAGAAGGGCUCCUGGCUUAGUCAGCUGCCCCAUUUCCAGUUCAAGGAGAUAAUGAAGAGGCGCAAACACCAACAGGAAAGGCUGGGCCUGGGAACGUACAACAUUAGGGACUUUCUGCAGGAGACACGGCCCUCCAGCCUCCGGGGGAUCUGCGACACGAGGGAGCAGUGCUUCAGAGAUACCCACAGAGACUGCUUCCCUGGCCCCGGCACGUGCGGCCCCCGGGGGAACCCCUACGCCCACCUCGAGGAGAGGAACAAGCGCUCUGCCGGCAUGCAAGGGCUGAUGGACAGCAGGAUGGAGAAGUGUGCCCUGCCGGCAGCCAUGGGCAGCGGCCUGGGACCCGGCACCUACCACCUGCGGAGCAGCAUCAACGAGGGGCUGCGGCAGGCAGCUGGCCCCAGCCGGCUCUUCUCAGGAGACAGGUCGAAGCCCACUGAUGGUGGCCAUCACACCUUGGAGGAUGGAGAAGGCACCGAGCCGAGCACUGGCACUGGCAAGGGUUUCCUGGACGAGCUGACUUUGAAGGAGAACAAGAAGAAAGGCUGCUUCAGCACCCUGCCGAGGAACCCCAGCUGCCCCACAGAGAGGAUCUUCUGGGCCACGCUCAGCCAGUGCCCAAGGGAGGAGUAUGCGGUAGGGCCAGGCUCCUACAACCCCAAGCCCAUUGAGAGAUCAACGUACUCCAGCCAACCCCCAUUCUGGUCGUCUGCCAAGAGAUUUGACAGAAAGUCCUACCGCCUCUUCACUGGGAGCGAGCUGUAUCAGCAGCACGUUGCAGAGCCAGUGCAGAACCCUGUAGGUGUUGGUUGCUACAACACCACUGAGCAUGAAAAAUACCCUCAGAAGAUAAGAUACCAGUCCCUGUACCAGUGUGAUGUGCAGCGGUACCUGAGCAACUUGAAGCGGGAUGCCUACCUGCUCGAGCGGCUCAAGCCCGUUGCUAAAAACAACUGGAGUGAUUUGAUUUCUGCUCCACGUUGUCCAGAUACCUCUGAAGAAAUCACUGCUGUUUUCCAAGCAUAA